AUGGCUUGCAACACAUUGAUGAGUUCAGCUUUCUCAGCUUUUCCAUCUCUUCUUUCUUCCUCAAAAUCAAGAUUUUCAACUUCAACUCCACUCCCUUGUGUUGCUUUUGCCAAUGCUUCUUCUAGAAUCACCAUGACUUCUGAUUGGAUGCCUGGUCAGCCUAGACCUUCCUAUCUUGAUGGUUCAGCUCCAGGUGAUUUUGGAUUUGAUCCUCUUCGACUUGGUGAAGUACCCGAGAAUCUUGAGAGAUUUAAAGAGUCUGAACUCAUUCACUGCAGAUGGGCAAUGCUUGCUGUUCCAGGGAUUUUGGUACCAGAGGCAUUGGGGUUAGGAAACUGGGUGAAAGCACAGGAAUGGGCAGCACUUCCUGGAGGACAAGCAACCUACUUAGGAAACCCUGUUCCAUGGGGUACCCUACCCACCAUUUUGGUCAUUGAAUUCCUUUCUAUUGCUUUUGUUGAGCACCAAAGGAGUAUGGAGAAAGACCCUGAAAAGAAGAAAUACCCUGGUGGUGCUUUUGAUCCUUUGGGUUACUCUAAAGACCCAAAAAAGUUCCAUGAAUUCAAAAUCAAAGAAGUUAAGAAUGGACGUCUUGCUUUGUUGGCUUUUGUUGGAAUAUGUGUUCAACAAUCAGCAUAUCCAGGGACUGGACCUUUGGAGAAUUUGGCAACUCACUUGGCUGAUCCAUGGCACAACAACAUUGGAAAUGUUCUUAUUCCACCACAAUAG